AUGGCGGGCUACAAUGACGACGACGACGACUCUUACGAGCGACAAUCUCAAUCCUACGACGCGAAGAAGCGCAAGAGAUCGCAAUCACCAUCCAGGAAUGGCAACUCCUCCUCACGCCGAGGUGAAAAGCGCGAAGACGGCGGUACCGACGAGUUGCCGCAGCCCUACAAUGCAAAGGAACUCCAGCCCGCGAAGCGACGAGCCGUCUCUCCCUCUGAGCAACCUCGCAAGCUGAAGAGGCCCGGUGCCCGAGCUCGCAUCUCCGAAGCCGAACGAGAGGCAAUCCGUCAACGAGCACUGGAGCGAGAGAGGGAACUGGAAGCUGCAGCUCAGGCUGCUGCGGAGCGCCAACGUAGCACCGCCAAUAACGACGUCGUCACGCAACAUUACAACAGUGUACCAGAACGAGGCAGAGACUGGAGACGAACCGACAGCAAGAUCAAGGGACUUCGCGCCUUCAACAACUGGGUUAAGAGUUGCAUCAUCCAGAAGUUCUCGCCAGAUGAGGACCAUACCCCCGGCUCUCGAGAGCAAGGACUUUCGACUGGGAAGGAGCUACUCGUACUCGACAUCGGCUGUGGAAAAGGAGGUGAUCUGGGCAAGUGGCAGCAAGCGCCGCAACCAGUAGAGCUUUACGUCGGUCUGGAUCCCGCUGAUAUCAGUAUUGAUCAGGCUCGGGAACGCUAUCGCCAGAUGGGCAGUCGCGGAGGGGGUGGCAGGGGCGGCAGAGGUGGAUACAGACGCCCACCUCCACGCCUUUUUGAGGCACGGUUCCAUGUCAAGGACUGCUAUGGCGAAAACAUUGAGGACAUUGAAAUUAUCAGACAAGUCGGAUUUGACACCAGCCCCCUUAGCCGACGAGGAUUUGACGUCGUGAGCAUGAUGUUCUGCAUGCAUUACGCGUUCGAGACAGAACAGAAGGCCCGCACUAUGCUGCGCAACGUCGCCGGUUCGUUGAAGAAGGGAGGUCGCCUGAUUGGAUGCAUCCCCAACUCCGACGUUCUCGGCGAGCACGUCCGAAAGUUUAACGAGCAACAGGAAGAGAGAAAAAAGAAGGCCGCCGAGGAGCCGCCUCAGGAGGCAGAAGAGGGAGAAUUGGAGGAUGGCGAAGCAGAGCAGUCGGCGGAGUGGGGCAACUCUAUCUACCGAGUCCGAUUCCCGGGCAAGACCCCAGCUGAUGGCGUCUUCAGGCCCGCGUUCGGCUGGAAGUACAACUUUUUCCUUGAUGAAGCCGUGGAGGAGGUACCCGAGUACGUUGUGCCAUGGGAAGUCCUCAGAGCCCUGGCUGAAGAUUACAACCUCGAGCUUCAAUACCACAAGACAUUCAUGGAGAUUUGGGAGUCGGAGAAGGACGAUGAGACGCUGGGUCCUCUGAGUGAGAGGAUGGGUGUCCGGGAGCGCGGUGGUGGACGUCUUCUGGUCUCGCCAGAGGAGUUGGAGGCGGCAAGCUUUUACACUGCUUUCUGCUUCUACAAGGUUUAA